GUAAGAGUAACACUUUAAUCAACAAGAAUUUAUUUGACAGCAAAGAUUAAUGUCAUUUGUAUAGCAACAACACUUGAAAUCAAGUUUAAAGACGUCGCGGGAGACGUCCUGAAAUAACAUGAAUUUGCAGCAGGGCGGUGCGCGCGCGCCGCGGCGCUGGCGUCGCACGCUCGCCCGCCGCCAUUUUCACACUGCCCACGAGCUUUCCCGCACUCGCAUACAGAUUAACAAGCAUCCCCCGCAGCGUCAAAGUUUCGAAGAACGAGUAGUGUCGCAAGCUGCGGUGCCCUUCGCACGUGCUCUACUAAAGCACGCGUUUUGGAAUAUACAAGUUUCCGUGACAAUUUGAUAUCGAAGGUCACUCGGAAGAAGUGUAUUCCGAUGACACUAAUCCAAAGGCCCAGUGAGGCAAAAGUGGACAAAAUGGACGAUUCAAAGAUGGACAAUGGAAAAUCUGUGAGACCUGUGAGGAACAGGCGGUACACAAGGAGAUGUUUAGUAGCGGGCCAGCGGCCACAGAAGAGGCUCUUCACUCCAGAAAUAAAACGCUAUUUGAAAGACUGGCUCGUGCGACGAAGAGAAAAUCCUUAUCCAAACCGCGAAGAAAAAAAGCACCUGUCCCGUGAAACAGGGCUCACGUACAUACAAAUAUGCAACUGGUUUGCUAACUGGCGUCGGAAAUUAAAAAACGUAAACGCAGACCGAAACCAGCUGACAUGGGGGCAUCUCAUUCGUACCUAUAACGAUCGAGCUCAAGGAAAUGUGGAACAAUUCAGCAUUUGCUCCGACGACAGCAUCUGGAGUGAGCCAGAACUUACCAGCCCUGAAACCGAACCUCUAGACCCAGAUGAAAGAUUCGAACAGAGUCCAGACUCGGCGAUCAUUUACAAGCAGGACGAUACGGACGGAUCCUCUACAUCACAAGACAAAUAUGAAAAUUUCAACAACAAUUCCAAUGAAAUAGAGCCAUGUGAAAAGGCCAACUGCAAUAGCAAUACCAUUACUAGCCCUGUACUUCUAAGCAAAUGGCUAGAAAGUGCAGCUCGAUUUCAGCCAAGUGAAGCUAACUACUCCUGGUGGGCGGAAGGAAGACGACGAAAGCAAGAAACUAAAAUACAACGUACAGGACUUAAUGCAAUAAGGCACGACAGAGAUGAAGUAGAAGCGGCCGUAGCACUCACGACGCUCGCAACAGCUACCAGCCGCCUUACUGCACCGUAAUUUUUAGUUUUGUAUUUUGCCCUAAACAGUUCUGUCUAAUUUCUAUGUGUUAAGCUAAACAAUGGUUGUCACAUCGUUCAUUUCCCAUAUAGGUACCUAUUAUUUCGAAAUUCCAAAAGUUACGAAGAGUUACCUACCUUGUUAGUAAUAAAAUAUCUCAUUGAGGUCAGUAAAACCUUGCUCAAAACUGUUUUUGUACUCUUAUGUUUAAAGUCCAAUAAUUUAAUAUUAAUGAUAGUAUUGAUCUCUUUAUAAUACAUGUAUUUAGUCAUACCAAAUACCUACCAAAGAUUGUGUUUUUGAAAUACAAGAAAACUUAAUAUUAAUUAUAAAUAUUAAAAAUUGUAU